AUGCCAAAAAGUAAUGACAUUUCUCGCGCGCUGUACACAUUACAACACAAACAAAUUGCUACAAAGUAAAAAGGCAAAACAAGAAAUAACGUAGAAAAAGUUGGAGGAAUAGCUGCUCGGUGUGUUUGGUCAAAUAUAUAAUACAGUGUAUUUAUUAUUUAGUUAAAAAGUAAAAGAAAAGAUUUCUUCAAUAGAAAAAUAGCAAAUUCAAAAUGUGUGGAGAUUAUUUAUAAGAAAAAAUUCCAUAGAAAUAUCCAGAUUGGAAAAUACAUUUAAAAAAUACAACAACAUCAAUGGAAAUAAUUUUGUAAUGAAAUUGUUAUUACAACAAAUGCAUUUAUAAAACAAUGAAUGGCCUCUCUACACACAGGAAAUGCUAAUGAAAUAAUGCAAUAAACAAUUAAAAGAAAAUAAUAAUGAAAACUCUAAAGGCUUUAGAAACAGAUAUAUACGAACAUUUGUAAGAAUAAAAACCUGUAACUUUUGAAAACCUGAAACAACUCCUUCUAAAGGACUUGAUAUAACAUACAUAAAUAAUGAAAAUAUAAAAUUAAAACAUCUCUCAGGAUAAAACUAAAAAAAAUAACAUUCCAUCUUUAUGAAAGAACAUUAUUAAUAAAAUAAAAAAAAAAUACGAAACAAAAAAGUAUUUAAAAUACCUGAUAAAAUCAACACGUAAAUCUCAAGCAACUCAAUUUUUUUUUAAAAAAAAAAGAUCUCAAACUUAAAGCCUCAUUAAAUUAUUGUUAAAAAUUUAUCAAGCAAAAGGUUUCACUUCCAAACUCAAGCCACAACUAGUGCAUCUCUAGAAAGCAACUCAAAACAAACUCAAGAAGAAAAAAAGGAACCGCUUAAACUUAGUAAAAAAAACAGUGAAAACACUUAACUUUAUUUGAAGGUCAAUAUAGAAAAUUGUAUAAAUUAAAAAUUUUAAAUAUCAUACAAUAACAACAAACGAAAAGAAAACUUGAAAUUUGGCCAAAUAAAAUUGAAUUCAAAAACAGUAAAGCAAAGUCUACCAGGAAGGCGUUUAUGUGUAUGUGGCAAAGAAAAGUAAUCAUGUCAAAAGUUCAAUAUUAAUGCAAAGUAAUAAGACAUAAACACGAAAAAGUAACAAACAUUUGCGAAAACUAAAAAGCAUUGCAAAAAACGGAACUAUAAAAAACUACGAAACUAAAAAAAAAAUACAGAAAAAAUCUGUAUCCUACAAUAUGAUGGCUACAGUUAUACAUACAAAUGGUAUAAACAAUAACAAUGGCCAAACCAAUAGCAGCAGCAGUAGCAAUGGCAAUAGCAAUAAUAACAGCGCCACAGGCGGCAGCAGCAGUAAUGCAACGUCCUUUACUACAGGUCGUGAAAUUAACACCUUAUUCUCAUCGACUACAAGCGCCUCUGCAUCUGCAUCUGCAACUGCCUCAGCCCCUGUCUCUUUGACAAACAACACCUCUAACAACUAUAAAACCUCAAACACGUUGAAAAACUCCUCUCCCUCUGCUGGCACGUCUAGCACCUUUGCUUCGUUUACUUCAACAAAUCUCUUUCAAUUACUUUCCAUCGCAUGUCUGUGUUUGUUGUCCUAUUACAAUUCAACACAAUGCGGUCUGGUCUUUGAUGAUAUCAGCGCCAUACGAGAUAACAAGGAUUUGAGACCUACGACUCCGCUUAAAAACAUAUUUCUCAAUGACUUUUGGGGAACGCCGAUGCGCAAAGAACACUCUCACAAAUCAUAUCGUCCCCUGACUGUACUCACGUUUCGUUUUAAUUACUGGCUGCAUGAAUUAGAAUCAUAUGGUUAUCAUCUCAUCAAUGUUAUGCUGCAUCUUGCAGUCUGCCUGCUGUGGAAACGAGUCAGUCGCCUUCUGGUCCUGCAAUGCACUCAACGCGAAAUUCUGGCUGUAAAAUGUUCAUUUUUCAGCACUCUGCUAUUUGCAGUGCAUCCCAUACACACAGAAGCUGUGACUGGAGUUGUUGGCCGUGCUGAAUUGUUGUCAUCACUCUUCUUUCUCGGUGCAUUUCUCGCAUACUCCCGGGCUGUUAGCAGCAGCAUAAGUGCUGCAAAAAAAUCCCAAAAGCUUAAAACGCAAUGGUUUCAAUUGUGCAUCAACUUUAGUUUGUGUUUAUUAGCAUCGAUGCUGUGCAAAGAACAAGGCAUUACAAUCGCUGGCAUUUGUGUGGCGUACGAACUGUUCGUGGUGCAAACUAUACAUCCUUUGCAAUUGUGGCAUACACUGCUGAAUCUCUUCGAAGAAAGACCAGCAUCGUCAAAUCAAACUCCAUCACCGACAAAUAAAGCACACAUCACAAAACUAUUACAAGCCAGUUCUAUUUCGACUGCCGUGGGUGCAUCGUCAUCAUCAUCAUCGGCGGGAUUAAUAUCGGUGAAAGCAUCAGCUAGUAGUAGAUUUACAACACCCAUACAAUGGUCAUCGACUCUAUUGAAACGUUUAGGCUUUUUGAUUUUCAUCACUGUCUGCCUGUUAGUAGGUCGAGUCUAUGUUAUGGGCUCUCAGUUGCCGGUAUUUACACGUUUCGAUAAUCCAGCCUCUGCCGCUGAAUCUCCGGCACGUCAACUAACCUACAGUUACCUAAUUUAUUUAAAUUCAUGGCUACUCUUAUUUCCCUGUGAUUUAUGUUGCGAUUGGACUAUGGGCACUGUUCCCGUAAUUGAAGGUUUCAUGGACAUACGCAACGUAGCAACAUUGAUAACAUUUGGCAUAUUAGCCGCUUUAAUUGUUAAAGCAUGCAUCAGCCAAAGUCUUCAACAUUCACGUAUGCUAAUCAUGUGUCUAGCUUGGAUUGUAUUGCCAUUUUUGCCGGCUUCAAAUCUCUUCUUUCCAGUGGGUUUCGUAGUGGCCGAACGUAUAUUGUAUAUGCCGUCUAUGGGAUUUUGUCUACUCAUUGCAUAUGGCUAUGAGCAAAUUAGGAAUGGAAGUGGCAAAAAAGUGAAAUAUUUAUUAAAUGCUACAUUAAUGCUUUUGCUGCUGGCACACUCGAUUAAAAGUUAUAAACGAAAUAAUGAUUGGAAGAAUGAGUACACACUGUUUAUGAGCGGUGUGCAUGUGAAUGAUCGCAAUGCUAAGCUGUUUAAUAAUGUGGGACAUGCUUUGGAAAAUGAAAAUCGCUUUGAGGAGGCCUUAGCCUACUUCCAACAGGCGGUGUAUAUACAAGCCGAUGAUAUAGGAGCCCAUAUUAAUGUGGGCAGAACUUAUAAUAAUCUAAAAAUGUAUGCUGAAGCGGAAAAAGCCUAUUUAAAAGCGAAAUCUUUGUUCCCUCGCAUAAAGCCUGGUGAAAGUUAUCAGGCGCGUAUUGCACCCAACCAUCUAAAUGUUUUUAUUAAUUUGGCUAACUUGAUAGCUCGUAAUCAGACACGUUUGGAGGAAGCCGACUUUUUGUACCGCCAGGCUAUUAGCAUGAGGGCCGACUAUGUGCAGGCUUAUAUAAAUCGGGGAGACAUACUAAUGAAAUUAAAUCGCACUGCCCAGGCUCAAGAAGUGUACGAGAAGGCUUUGCUUUAUGACAGUGAAAAUGCCGAUAUUUAUUACAAUUUGGGCGUUGUAUUCCUGGAACAGGGCAAAAGUGCCCAAGCAAAUGUGUACUUUAAUAAAGCAUUGGAUUUAUAUCCAGAACAUGAGCAGGCUUUAUUGAAUUCAGCCAUAUUAUUGCAAGAAAUGGGUGGCCAGGAAGAUCGUCAAUUAUCGCGGGAACGUCUGCACAAAGUCUUGGCCAAGAGUGGUGACAAUGAAAAGGUAUUUUUCAAUCUGGGCAUGCUGGCCAUGGAUGAAUCUGAUUUUGAGUCGGCAGAACAAAAUUUCAAACGUGCCAUUCAUAUAAAAGCAGAUUUUCGAAGCGCCCUCUUUAAUUUAGCCCUGCUCUUGGCUGAUGCUAAUCGUCCACUAGAUGCAGUGCCGUUUCUCAAUCAGCUGAUACGCCAUCAUCCCGAUCAUAUCAAGGGACUCAUACUACUGGGUGACAUUUACAUCAAUCAUAUGAAAGACUUGGAUGCAGCCGAAGCCUGUUAUCGCUCAAUACUCAAAUACGAACCUCACAAUAUACAAGGACUACACAAUUUAUGCGUGGUAUAUGUAGAACGCAAACAUUUGGCCAGAGCUCAGCUGUGUUUACGCUUUGCUUAUUAUUUAGCACCAACCGAGGACUACAUAUUGCGACACUUACAGAUUGUAGAACAACGUUUGCAAAAAAUUUACAAGUUACCUGAUACAUCACCUGAGAAACAACUUGCCUUGGUCGAUUUCAAUCCAAAAGAAUUUCCAUUGCCUAAAAAAACAUCAUCAACAACAUCCCCUCAAACUCACAUACAAGGAGAAUCAUCCCUUGGCAAACGUAAACCAUCUAAAACAUCCUCAUCAUCUUCAAAUGCCGCAACACCAGACACAGUUCAUCAAUCAUAGCAUUCAUAUUAAAUAUGGAACAAACCAGUAAAAAGAAUAUUGAAAUCUCAACAAAAAUAAUCUCUAUCUUACAUUUAUUUCGA